GACUAAAAUGACUAAAAAAAUGGGGCUAAUUGUCAACUGGAAUUCGCUGACCGGAACUGCUGGGAAAGAACAAGAUCAGCUGUUCCUAAAGUCAAGUGGGCUGACGCCCAGCUGGAAGUCGUUAACAAGAACCGUUGGAACAGUAAACAUAGCAGAGCAGCUGAUGUCCGAGUCAAAUGCCGAUUCGAGUGAUAAGGAUGCGGCAGCAGAUUCUUUGGCCGUACGUAUUAAUUGCAUUAAGAAUGGAUUUGCGGAUCAUAAUAUGAAUUAUGAUAAAUGGUUGGGAAAGUCAGUUACCCUAAGUCAGCAGCAGCAGCAGGAGCCUAGAAAUAGAACAAUAACUUCACCGUCGACUUUUGACAAAAAAUGUACGCCAAUUGCUCGAAAACGAAAUCAACCGACGACCACGCUCUUAAUGGCAGCGACGAUGCAUCGAAAGACCAAAAGUAAAAGCAAGAGCCACAAGAAAACAAUCCUUGCCAAUCCAAUACCACCUACAACAACCACAGCUAAGAUUUGUGCUAGCCAACAACAAGAAGAACAACAGCGUAUUAAGCAUUUUAAUGCAACGCAGCUCAAGAACCAUCAAUUGCCGCGACUCCCGCAGUCGUCGGCAACGGGAGAGAUCGCUGCUGAGCGAGAUUCCGGCAAGAACAGUACGAGAGGUAUUAACAUAUGCAAUAAGAAGAAGUACCAUUCCGUGCGCUACAAAAUGUUAGUUCCAUUGCCCAGUCUGGGUGCCACGUCCCUUGCCACGCUUUUGACGAUAAUAUGCAUAGAAACUGUCCUACUGUCCACAAUGUCUAGCUGCGCUAAAACAUUCUAUAUGCAUUGGAAUACAUCGAACAGCAUAUUUCGGAUCGAUAAUACAGAUCAUAUUAUUGACGUGAACAAAGGCAAUCUAGCAUUCGAGUUCGACCAGGUACACAUAAUAUGUCCAGUGUAUGAGCCCGGCGCAUUCGAUAAUGAAACAGAGAAGUACAUCAUAUACAAUGUGUCCAAAGUGGAGUACGAAACAUGUCGCAUAACCAACGCCGAUCCGCGAGUAAUAGCUAUAUGUGAUAAGCCUCAGAAAUUAAUGUUUUUUACGAUAACUUUCCGGCCAUUUACACCGCAGCCAGGUGGUUUAGAGUUCCUACCUGGAAAUGACUACUAUUUCAUUUCGACUUCAUCAAAGGACGACUUAUACCGUCGCAUAGGUGGUCGCUGUUCCACAAAUAACAUGAAAGUUGUGUUCAAAGUGUGCUGUGCGCCCGAAGAUAAGAACAAGACAACGGAGAUAACAACAAUGUUGGGAAAUGUGCCAGCAGUGGACAGUGGUGGAACGAGCAAUAUACACAAAGGCGUCGAUAAUAUUGAUCUGAAUCGAAAUAUGAAUAGCCCGAAUGGAAUUCAUACAAUUGGCAUAGGCGUUGGCAGCGGAUCAGCAGCUGGUGGCGGUGGUCAAAUGAAGCCCGUUGGCACUUCGAUCAAUACAAACAUUGAUCAGUUCAACCGCAUACCCAUUCAACCGAACUCAAUAGCUGAAGGAGGCGGAGCUGUAGGGACAGGAGUAGCUGGGGGAUCUGGCAUAAUGCUCUCACCUGGCCAUGGCAGCAUAAAUAUGCUGCCACCUGGACGAGGCGGCAUUCACAUGCCAUACCCCAACCAUCAUCAUAUACAGACUGGCAUACGAAUUAAUAAUGUUCCAACGCAACAGAAUAAUCAGCAUCCGCAUCACAAAGGCAAUCUGAACAAUAUGAAUAGUAAUGGUAAGGACGAAACUACAAGUCAGCUCAACAUACAAGAGGAAGUUGGCAAAAAAGAUAUGUAUUACCUGUCGCCGGUUGUUGUUGACACAAAUCAUAGUAACAUUGUGCAGAGCACGAUCAAUUGGCCAAUUAAUAAGUGGGCCAUUAGCUCGGGUGUGGACACGAACAGAACAACAGCAAACUCAACGUCAAACAGCAGAAUAAAAAAUUCCAAUUUAAGCUCAAAUUCGAAUCCUAACUCAACUAACAUACUUAACAAUAACAAUAAUAGGAAGCAAUUCUUCCAUCCGAAACAUACCACAAAUAUCAAAAUUCAAACAACCUCAGGCAGUCUUAAUACAGAUAUUAGCAAUUAUACACAAUCAUCCCACAGUUCGACAGUCCUUGGUAAUAAUAAGACGAAAAGUAAGUAGAAUUCAUUAGAAAUGC